CAUCACGAUCUCCUUGCUCUAUCUCAUUCUUUGCAAGCCCCAUCUCAUUGUCCUCCAUCUCAAGGAAGGAUUAGCCCCCACCCGACACUCAUCACCAUGAGGACCAGCCUCCUCCUCCUCAUUGUUGCUGGAACCCUCUAUGCCGUCACUAAGCCUGGAGUGGCGCUCGAUGGACCCUGGACUCCGAUCAUGCACACCAGCGACCCACAUGUCCACGACCUCGGCAACUGGACGGUUGUGAAGCAUGGCAAGGUUGCCAACGAUGGGCUCAGGUUCCAAAAGGUGGUGUGCGGUGCGGUGCAGAUCGUGGCCGAGGGCAUGAACUACCGGCUUACUAUCCAAGCAUUGCAGGUUGGUGUCAAGGUUGGCAUGUACAAGGCAGAGGUGUUCGAGAAGGAAUCACCGUUCAUCACCAUCCGCAAGCUCAUCUCCUUUCGCCGGGCCAACCAAGCGAUCGAUUUGGAGCAUUAGCCACUAUGGUUGUAUGGUUUCUCAAUGUAAUGAGAAAUUUUGAGGACUAGGUGCCUAUUUUCACAAUCGAAUAAAGGUGCCUUUUGCGUA